GAUUAUGCACAUUGUUUAAUACCAAAUGUUACAAGAGUUUUAUUUAAUCGUUCAAUACGAACGCGAACAGGUGAAUUAUAUGAUAAAUUCCAAUAUAUUCAAAUGAGUUCGGAGGAAUCGGGACAAUUAGAAUAUUAUAAUAAACAAUGUUUAUGUAGAAAUAAAUUAUGCGUACGAAAAUGUUGUUCAAAUGAUGAAAUACAUGUUAAAGAAAAUCGAAAGUUACAAUGUAAUAUAUCAGAAAAUGCAAAUUUUACGAAAUUAAACCUGGAUUUUUAUAAUUUUACAAAGGAAGCGAAUAGUUUAGUUAAUGAUUCUAUGAUACAAUUAAUUGAUGGGAGUCCGUGUGCGCGCGGGAAAUAUCGUAUGUCGAAAGAAGAUGGUGAAUUAUAUUAUUUGCAAUAUAAUACGGGAUUUUUAUAUACAAUUGAAGAAGAGACCCAGGAAGAAUUGUUUCAGACAACUAACGUAGACACGUUUUACACGUGGAAUGAAUAUUGUAUAGAGAAUAAAUUAACUGGCGAUGGAGACUGGGAAACGGAUUAUUUUGUGUGUUUUCCAAGUGAAGUUGAACCAGAACAGCUUAUGGUGUAUCAGCCUUUAGCCAUUGGCAUGAUAAUAUCAAUACCAUUCCUAUUUUUAACAUUUGCUGUUUACGCCAUUAUACCUGAAUUACAAAAUUUACAUGGAAAAUCAUUGAUGUGUUACGUUUUUACGUUAAUGUUUGCAUAUACGUUAUUGGCAUUCAUACAAUUAAGUCCAACGCAACCAGAUCCAUGGUGUGAAAUUAUUGCAUUCAGCAUAUAUUAUCUAUUCCUAGUCAGUUUCUUUUGGUUAAAUGUCAUGUGCUUUGAUAUUUGGUGGACAUUUAGUGGCAUUGGUGGAUUUAGAUCAUCCCGCAAUGCAGAACAGAAAAAAUUCUUCUUCUAUCAUUUAUAUGCGUGGGGUGUACCUAGUGCAAUUAUAACUUUCAGUAUGAUCAUGCAAUAUCAUCCAGCUGUUCCAGUAACAUGGUAUUUACCAAAAUUGGGCUCAGCUACAACAUGCUGGUUUGCUGAAAAAGAAGGGCAAUUAUUAUAUUUUCAUCUGCCAUUAUUUUUUGUAAUUACAUGCAAUGUAAUUUUAUUUGUGAGUACGGCUAUAAAAAUAAUUAAAAUUAAACGUGAUACAGCCAUGUUAAAAACAAAAGAUAGCCAACGUCAUGAAAGUUCGAAUUACACGAAAGAUAAACAAAGAUUCGCAUUAUACUUAAAAUUAUUUAUUGUAAUGGGCGUAAAUUGGACAAUGGAAUUAUUAUCAAUAGUAUUCGAAUCAAAUGAUCCCAAAGAAUCAUCAUAUGCAUGGUUGCUUACCGAUUUGGGUAAUACGUUACAUGGUGUCUUAAUUUUCAUUAUAUUUGUAUGUAAACGACAAAUAUGGGCAUUACUAGUCAAACGGUAUCAUGUGAUGAUGGGCAGACCGUAUCAAGCAAACGCUGCAUUUUCCAGAACUCAAACGACCUCUUACUCCGUCAGUCAAUCAACCGACACCACUGCCAGUCAACACGGAUCCGUAAAGUUGAACAGUUUUAAUUAGGAUUUACGGACAUGCAAAUUUUAUGAAAUGUUUUUUAUACUAUAAACGCUUGCAAAGUUACGCAAACAAAUUGAGAAAAAAAAAAUUUUGAAUUCGAUGCAUUUAUAAAAUUAUAUUUAUAUGUAAUAAUUAUCUCGAUGUGCAAAAUUUUAGGUUAAAGUGAGUUAAAAAUAUCAUGGUUAAUAAGCAGUGAUCCGUAAUUGAUAAAGUUGAGUUAGCAACAUGGAGAAUCGGUCGGUAGAUUGAACUGUUCAUGUGAAUGAACAGAUGUGAAUCCGAGGAAUGCUGGGU